GCAGUUUUUCAAAUUCUAAUUUAGGAUGUCGCUUAACACAGCUUACGCGAGUACAAUACCAGCAGUUUUCAAAAUCGUUGAGAUUAUUCUCAAUAUCAUACUCAUCAUUCUUGUUGCUGUGUCACCCAAUUACGUUAUUCCUGGCCCUGGAGGAUGGUUGUUUUUCGUUGCAAUCUUGACUACAUUUAUCUCAUUGUUUUUCUAUUGUAUUCACCUUACAAAUGCAAUUUACAGGUUUUCAGGGCCCAUGACAUUAAUUACGAUUAUUAAUAACCUGGAAGCACUGAACGGCAGUUUCGUCCCAGCACGGUACUAGUGAGCCGGCAUCCAACGGUGUUAAUGUAUAACUUUAACCAGUCCACGAUAUUGCGCGACCGUCCAUUAUUUUCUUCAGGUUCUCAAUGGUGAUCUAACAUUCAUCCAUUCAUGAUAUCAAUUGAAACUUGACAAUCUACAAAACUCUUUACUGAUAGAAUUAAAUUGGUCGAUAAUUAGCUGGAGUUUAGUGACCAGAAACAAAAACCAUGUCUGAUUUUCUUCAACUGCCUUGAUAUUAGCGAAACUGUGAAGGUCGAAUCACAAUCAGGUUAUUAAAAUUCAGGAAUUUAUAUGCAUUGCAAUAUGUUCAGGUUUUCAUUUAAUCGCUAUGAUUGUAUGCGCAUGUACAGUAUCAGGUUAUGGGACAGCAAUUGCUGCAGCUGUAAGUUCUAUAUUUACUUAAUCGCUUUAUGUAGUUUAUUGUAUGCACAUUAUUGUUGUUUAUUUUGUUUUCUUGUUAUAAAUCUAUUCUGUACUUAUUUAAAAUCGUUGAAAUUCACAAGGUGGUAUUUUAGAAAUAGUCCAAUGAAUAUUAAUUUAAUGAUUGUUAUAAUAAAAAUAUGGAAUAUGGAGUAGUUUCAGAUGAUUUGUCUUCGGUUACGGAAAUCUAUAGAGCUAGAUAAUUUAAAGAAUUUUUAGAGGAAAUAUUUUUUAGCCUCUUUUUCGGUUGUUUGAAGGUAUGAACGCUGUAUAUGCUAGUUGUCUAAGCGAAAUAAUUUAAUGAUUUCACACCCCUGUAGAGUUGAGAGUAAAAUUUUACUCCCGGUCUAUGAAAUUACUAACGUUGGUCUUGUCUUUUUUCAAUGGAUCCCUGUACAAUAGUAGGAACUCUAGGAACAAGUGUUCUAGAUGAUAUAGCUUAACUGGGUCAUUACGGUGUGCAAGUGCUGCCAUCACCAAGGAGGCGGCUGCAAUUGGGGAAAACUAAACUAUUGUUCUAUUCACUCACCUCAAAACCUGGAAAUGUUAUUUCGAUAAUAGUUUAGUCAUCAUUAAGAGUCCUGAAACGAAGAAAAAACAGUUGUCCAAUAAUCUGCAACUAUAAAAUAUUCUGUGAUUUAUAUCGUUAUGCAAUGAAAAGUAUACCUAAUCAACGAAAUACAAACACUGAGCUGUGAGCCAAUCAUAUAUCAAUUAGAUAAAAUUACUUUAGUUUAGGUCGAUAGGUGACUUUAGAUUUAUUUCCCAAAAUUAUUAUUAGUCAUAAAAAAGCAUAUUAUGUUUAUAAAAGCUCAAGCGAUUAAAGGUAAAUAACUAUAAAGUUUCUUUUGGUGAUAUUUUUAUUCGACUGUCUUCAGGUAAAUAUUAAAAAAUAAAAGCAUUUAAAGAUGAAUUCUGUACACUCAACACCCAGAUCAUAUGAUACUUUUCCUUAAAUACUAAAUGAAGGCUCUCGCUGAUCUUAUUGCUCUCGCCUAAGUAUGAUCAGAGUUUGAGUGUAUGCUUCUAAAAUGAAUAAUAUCAUCUAUCAAACAUCUUUAACAGUACUUGAUGGAGAUACGUUUAUUUGAAUUCAUCAUUUUGUUGAUGUUAUAGUAGUUCGGUUAGAAAUGGUCUUAACUCAUUCAUGAAGUUCGUACUAGCCAGAAAUAAGUUAUUCUAGAACAUGUUUCGAAGAGAUAGUCAACACAAUCUGUUCAUUGAGUUACUUAAUAAGUUGCAUAGCUCUUCAUCAGAAUUCCAAUAGAAUCUAAUCUACGCUUUCAAAAACAAUACAAUUUAAAUAGUUCCUAUUAAAAUUUAUUAAAAUCAAGUAUUCCAAGAAAAAAAUUUUGUAAUUAGCUAUUUUAUUAUUCUAAAGUAAAUAUGAUAAUGCUUUCAUAGAUGGAUCAAUUCACUAUGGUGACAUAGGUAUCUAUUAGCAAAACUAUGUAUCAAUUUAUUGUGAAAUCUGAUGAAUUCAUCAAUUUCGUAUUUCACGUACCAUAUAAAUUAAACGAUUGGUUAGCUAAGAUAUGUUAAGUCUAAUGGCAUUAAUUACGAAAACUUCUUAUCUACGUAGUGUAAACUAUUCAUUUGACAAAGAAAUUUCGCUGCACAAAAUCUUUUAAGCAUAAUUAAAAAUGGAAGUUAAUCACGGAUUAUUCAUUAAUUUAUUUGUUGAACUUAAUUAUAAAAAAAAUAAGAUGAAAAUAAAUGAAACCGGAUCAGAACAGAAAAUAAAUCCUUCACCAAUAUUAUUUACACAAAUUAUAGUUAUUCAAAUUAUUCCAUAUAAUAAUACUCCAUAACAAAAUAAAUGAAUAAGGAUACAUUUAAUCAAGUAUUCACAAAUUAUCAAAUAUACUCACAGUUAUUACGUUUAAAUUACAUGAUAAUCUCAAAGAUUAUAAGAAAUAAUCAUUAAGAAACUAAAUGAAAAAUAUAAUUCUCUACAUGAUUAAUGUACAAAUAGAUAACGAAUGAUGGAACAACUGGAACUGAUUAUUGAAAUUAUGCUAAACUGACAGGUUGGACAGAUGUGCUUUUUUCAUACACAGAGAUCAGGUUUGAAUCAAUGAAUCUUGAUAGUGUCGGACGUUCACAAAUCACUAAUCCAAACAUUCUUUGACUCGAUUGUUUACAGUUCGCCGACAUUUGUGAAUGUUGAUUCAUGCGGUGGCACAUGAUUACAGUUGAUCAUACAUUCACGAAUCGAAAUGUAGAUAGACAUGAAUCACGUUUGAAACUGUCAAACAGAAUGGUGAUGUUUGGAUAUGCGUUUCAACAAGCAAACUAUUGCGAUAAACAAUACAACCUCUCCCAGAUAAUCACACAAACUGAUAGAUGUGCACUGAGAUGGUCUGAAUUGGAGAUUUAUUCUACACCCACUUUCUAGAAUGAAACACUAAAGUACGGGUGUAUAUCAUGACCAACCCCACUGAAAUGAAGGUCUUUCUCAAAGAACUCAGUAGUUUGUUAUUCAAUAACUCUCCUUCCAUAUUCUUUUCAAUUUGGUUGAUCACGAACAGAAUUUUGUCGAAAGUGUGUGGUCACUUUCAGAUUGACAAUUCGACUCUCAAUCACCUACCAUCAACGAAUCUGUUGUAGAGUGAGUAUAUAUGAAAUUAACUAGAGUGUUUAUGAAAUGGGGUAUACAUGGAAAUAGACACACUCACCGUCGAGUCGUACUGUGAAAUCAACCAUUUAGGCUCUACAGAUUUCAAAGUGAUGGAAAGAAUACAGAAUCAUAUAUUGAUAUUUAACAUUGUGAAGACGACCUCGAACCAAGUGUAUAUUGAAACUUUUCAAUUAGUCUGGUCGAUCUUAUCACUUAUGAAUAGUGACGGUGUCAGUCGUGCACCAAGCUCUGAUUCAAAUCUUCUUUGACUGUGUCAGUAUGAAUUAUCCCAGAUCACUAGAUAAACUGACAAAUUGAUUCUAAGGUGUCCCAUUUCCACAAAUCUAACUGCUACAUGACAAGUAAAUAAAUUCACUAUUUAGUAAUACACAACGUUGUUGUCUGCAUGCAUAGGUACUCAGGUGUGUUGGUUUACUCAAGUGUACAGAUUUCAGUUGACACGAAUCUUUACAUUUUAAACGAAUAGUUGAUCAGACCAAAUUAGCAUAAACACUCUAACUGUUCAAAUAAUUACUAUCACUUGAUAAAAAUUUUCCAUUUCUAAGUGAUUUCAGAUUAGAUUUACGGUUUGUCAGUAUCUAUGAUGUAACGGGAUUGUGUGUUGUGUACUUUAUUAAGCUAACUGAGUAAAAUUAAAUCAAUAGUACGACUACAUAAACUGUGUUGAGCUGUAAGGAUUUUAAUGCAACAGUUGGACGCGUACAUAACUGUACAUUCAAAAUUAUAAUCUUCUCUUGACAUUCGUUAGUUGGCAAUAAUCUGUAAUCUUCUAUGAUCCAAUGUCAUAUUUAAUGUAUGUUAACAAAUUUAGAUUAGCACUGAAGUAUUAAAAAGUAUUAAAAAAGGAUUAACUGAACUCAAAUAUUCACGAUAUACUUUUUGUUAAACUAAUCCCAAGUUGUUAGUAAUGUAUUGAAACAUAAAAUCACUUAUCUCAAUCCAUGAUUCAAAUGGAAAACAUUACUCACAAGACCAAGUCAG